AAGAAUGUCACCUGGCCAACGUUAGUUAGCUUGCUAACACAUGUGGCUAACUCAUAUUUACAGUAGCGUCAAUGAUAUUAUUUACGCAGACCUCUGUUUAGUGUGCACAUAAUGGAGAUAGUAUGGGAGGACCCCCCAGUCCCUGAUGCUCCUUUCUUUACCAAAGAUCUCUAUGACAAAUAUUCACUUUCACCCAAUAUAAGAGAGCUGUGGGAGUUUCUUCAAAGUCCUGUACAGAACAUAAAACAGGAUCAUGGGACUUCAGAAGCAUCCUCCUCCUCUUCUUCUAAAAAAGAUGCUGCAGCCUUUAAAGGCAACAGUUGCAUCAGCAAGAGUGAAUCCUGUUCGGAGAGCUGUGAUGGUGACGAUCCGUGUGCAGAUAUUGAUGUGCAGGGUGCAACAGAAUGUAAGGAUACAAAGAAAUCGAGAGUCAAGCUCCAUCAGAUUAAGAAUGAGGCAGGUGCUGUUUACCCUGAACCCAGACUGCCCUUCCCCUGUCUGUCCAGCCUGUCUGUCAAAGACCAGAAGACUUAUCUUGGCUUUUUGAUGAGUAAGAAAGCGAGUGAUCCUCCACAGAACUUGCAGGCACGUGUGAACAGUGAAGUGAUGCAGUUCAUGAGGUACCUGCAAGAUGUGGCAAAAAUAUGUGCUGACGACUAUAACUUCAUAACACCGGGAGCCAUGCAAUAUUCAGAGGAGUUCUUUGGGGGGUGUUUGGAGCAUAUAAGGACGUUUCCUGAGCUCUACCAGAUCUAUGAGAUGACUAGUCUGACCGGGGGAACAUUCAACCCUGGGCUGAAGCUGACCUUUGAGAAACAGCUGCUGAUCAUGGGCAAUGUGGAUAUUACAGACCACACGAUGGUGCCUGCUGAUGCACAGCUUGCAUCGGAUUAUCAGAGUGUUUCAUCACAGAAUCCUCCAGCUAAAAAAGCCAAGGACAUGCACGCUACAAUCAGCGGUGAUGUUAAUGCCAGCAGCCUGUGUGCUCGUUAUGAGCCUCACGUGUGUCUCACUCGAGACGCCCUAGUAAAGCUGCUAGAUAACCAUGGCCCUGACUUUGCAGAGCAAUGGGAAUUGCCUGUUUGGAUCAAGUCAAACCCAGGAGAAGGGAGUAAACAGAAGAAGACUGUGUAUAUAGACUCACCCCUUCUGAAGACUGAGAUGACGAUGAGAAGGAGCCAUGUCUUCCAUGAGGAGAGUUUGAAGCUCUCCAUCAAGAAGAAUGGAAGUAAAAAUGUCUUCCAUUUAUUGACGGAGCUUCGUGAGGAUGAGCAGCAACUCUGUGAGAGCUCAAAAAGAAAUGUAGUGUCUUGUGAAAACAGCGGUCUUGACUUUGAGGUGGACCUUACUGACCUGGAGACAUUUGGGGAGACGAAACCUAUUAAAACCCCAAAGACGGCAAAAGGGAAGUAUGAGCAAGAUGCAUGUGUUAAAAGAACAAAAGCUUCACUUUCUGCUCCUUCAACUGAUACUAAACGUUCAAGUAAGCAUCCUGCAAACGCUAGCAGCAGUUCACAAGAAGAGAUGGACACCUCGUUGGCAGGUGAGGAUGAUCCCGUCACAGAGGAGAGAACUCAGCCAGUUGUGAAGGAAGCCAUUGCACCAAAAAGUGAAGAAAUGAGACCGGAUUCUGCUCAGGAGUGUGACGAAGACUCACCUUUUAUGAGAGACUCUGAUGAGGAAAAUUUGGUCAUUGAUGACUCUGUGUCUUCUGCUAAUACACCAGUCCAUGCAGACCCCCCCGCAUCUGAUUCUCUAAAUUCAGAGUGUUCUUCCCCUGAAAAAGCAACAAAGCAGAAACGACAAUCCAAAAAAGCAAAGGUAUCCGGCGACCAGUUGGGCGACAUCCUGCGCAUGCAGACAGCCAUGUUCAAAUGUGGCAGUGACACGGCCAAAAGCUCCCCCGUAUCCCAAGAGAUUAACUCACCCAUCCGAGGUGGGGGACCCUCAGUUCACUCCCAUCCUACGUCUCUGGUUAAGCCCAGUGUGUCUUCAUAUUUGGAGAGAAACCACAACCAGGAUGGAGGGAGCUGCUCUGCUUCAGGGGUCAACAGUUCCAAUACAGAGCACAAAAAGCUACUGUCAGAAGACCUGCAGGCUGGUGCAGAAGAUGAGCAAGAUUACGUUGCUCCAGAAGAAGGCAACCUGUUCUACAAGCUGUACAGCGUGCAGGACCUGCUGCUCAUGGUGCGAAGCUCUGUGUCACUGACCCACACCAAGAGAGUGGGCCAAAACGACCAAAACCAGCAUGUGCCAGUGCAUAUCUUGCCCAAGCUGGAGUACCAGUUGAGUUAUGGUGUGGAGUGUCUGAACAGCAGUGAGGCCUGCCAGCUGUGGACCGAGACAUUGCUCCACUCCAGCACUGUGCCCUGCAUAGCUCACAUCAAUGCGCUCACAUCAAAAGUCGCUCUGCUCAGAAAGCUGCCCGACAACUGGAAACAGAGCAUCUCCUGUGGGUUCAAGCCUUCGAAGUCUCUGAAUAUUCUGCACCACCUACUGAAAAAGCUAACUGGGUUAGAGGAAGGACGGUACCUGAUUGCGCACAAGGCAGGGGAACCGUUUGUGACCCUAUUAAAAGUGGCUAAUGGGAAAGUGAGUCAGGGGGUAUACAACCUGCAGCAGGUCCACAGCUCCGUCCCUCAGCCCCCGACCUCCGGCCUCUUCCCCUGGAUACCUGUUGAUCCAUCUGUGGUGCUGCCCUUCCACCAGAAACACGGACGUGUCCCCUGCACCUUCCCGCCAAAACCCUUUGUGCAGACAGGGAAACAGGCGUCAUCGCCCUCGCAGUACAACAACCGUGGAGCUGGAUGGGCAAAGAACAACCCGAACACAGGAGGCAACUUGAAGAGAAAUCAAAAGAAACGUGCAGCCAAGCGUAACAGGUUUAUUAAAAACCUACUUCAGAAGUCCGUUUAAAGUCCCAUUCAAAAGGAUUUAAUAUCAAGAGGAGCUGAACCUGUACUGCUAAGGAAAUGAAAGCCCUGAAAUCAGUUCAUACUGGUAUUAUAUUAAGACUUUGAACAUAAAUGUGAACGUUUAAGCACUUUAAGAGCAGAAUCUAUAACUUUCUUUAUAUUCUAUUUUUGUACAUUUUGGUCAUUAUAUUUUGUGAAAACAGAUAAAUAAUAAACGUUGUCUAAGAAA